CCCCACGAUAAGGCAGGCAGCGUUUCUCUACUAUUGUAAGGAUAAAACAUGGUGUUGUUCGGGCCAACCCAGGGUUAUGUAGGAUCCUCUCUUGUAUGGCCCGGACAAUAGUAGGUUUUAUCCUUACAAUUGGACUGUAUCAAAACGGGGUAUCAGUCAAAUUUGUAACCCCCUAUUAUUCAUUUCGAAAUAAAAGAAGAGUGAGUCUUUUUGGAAUAAUUUUUCAUAGGAAAUAGAUAGAGAUCUGUAGUUUUCAUUGUUUAAAAGAGGCAAUGAAACUUCAUCGAAGUAUCCAUAUCAGAAUUUUUUUAGUAAUUUCUAUCAGUAUCUCCUGAUAAGUUUUCUGGAACCAAAACGUUGUGUAAUGUCAAAAAAACUUUAAAAUUUAAGUCCUGAGCAGUGCACCUGAUUCAGUAACUAAAGCUCAAUAAUCUAUGUAAAUCCCAUGUUAAAAUGUUUAGCCAAUCACGAGUUAAUGACAUUUUACUAACUUUUUUUCGGCAGAUUUUUUCAAACGAAAUUGACUUUUUUCUAAUUUUUUUGACAAAAAGCUCGUAUUCUAACUCUACAAAGAAGCCCCGAUCUCUUAAAAACCUUGAUAAGAGACCCUGAUAAAACUUACCAAAAAACUUGAUAUUAUUAAUUCUAUGCAAUUUCAUUGCCCCUUUUAAAAGAUCAAAAUCGCGAAUCUCCAUGAAGUUCCUAUGACAAACUAUUUCAAAACUAUUCUCCUUUCUCUUAUUUUGAAAUGGAUAAUAGUUACCGUUUCUAGAUCUCAGCGCUUUCAUUUUGAGAAAUUUGCUUGAACUCCUAGAUUUUCAAAAGCCUAAAGAUAGCACAUUAAAAACCCAUCAAGUCAAAGUCCCAAAAUUCGAAAUGUGACGUCGACAUUGAUGUCAAAGCUUGUAGCUGAGGUGUUUAUCCUUAUCAAUUUCUUUCAUAGACUUCAACAUUCGUGAACAAGCAUAUGCAAAUUAGUCAAAAAAACCCAAGACCUUUCUUUAGUAUGCCAUGCUCGUUCAUUGAUUCUCUACAUUGGUGCUCAUCUGAUAUCUUGUGUGUUGAAAUUUUUAAUUCUUUUUGACUAAUUGAUAAAUGAAAACCAUUGUGAUAGAAUUCGAACAUCUAAACAAUAUGAUGCAUUAUUUUGUUGCGUUUCUACUCGAACUUAUAUAAACUAGCACGUGACAUUUCAAUUAUAGUUUUCAAUGUAAGGCCGGGAAUGGAGAAUAUAAUUAGUUCUUACUUGUUUAUGGUCACAGACAGUACUAUAUCUGUUAGUCAAGCUGUUAUUAAUCAUAUUCUUUUAACUGUUACAAAGUAACUUUGGACGAAAAGAGUAUACUGACCCGACAUAGUCGUUGUAGGAGCUGUCGUUGCGAUAGUGGUUGUUGGAGUCGUCGUUGUAGUGGCCGCGAGAGUGGUUGUUGGAGUCGUCGUUGUAGUGGCCGCGAGAGUGGUUGUUGGAGUCGUCGUUGUAGUGGCCGCAAGAGUGGUUGUUGGAGUCGUCGUUGUAGUGGCCGCGAUAGUGGUUACGAUAGUGCUCGCGAUAGUAGUGGUACCAGUAGUUGUAGACCCGACGAUUCUCUCUAG